ACAUGCGCACCGCCUCUCCAUCGGUGCGUGUGCACGAGAGUCCGCAAAGCCGCUGCUGCUCCUCUCCGCGCGCAGUACCAUCCAAAAACUUUGAUGAGCUGUAACCUUCACCAAGGAAACAAAACAACCCGAACUGAAUACAUAAACUAUAUAUAUAUAUAUAAAUAUAUAUUUUACAGGUUGCGUCCGCUUAUUUGGGUCGAUCAAGGUGUGAAAAUGGAAAGCACUCCGGUUGAAAUUUUCAAAGAAGACAAUAAGUGCUUCUCUGCGCUGUUGGAAGACUGUCCGGUGAAUUCUUCAGCCUGGGUGUCCGGAUACUCCGAGAGCCGCAAUAUGACCCACGAUGAUAGCUGGGAGGCGGAGGGCAUGUCUCCCAUCAUCCCCAUCAUCACUGCAGUCUACUCCGUGGUGUUUGUGGUCGGCUUGUUGGGCAACUGCCUCGUCAUGUAUGUGAUCAUCAGGUACACAAAGAUGAAGACAGCCACCAACAUUUACAUUUUCAACUUAGCACUCGCUGAUGCCCUUGUCACCACCACAAUGCCUUUCCAGAGCACGGACUACCUGUUGAAUACCUGGCCCUUUGGUGAGGUGGUCUGCAAGGUCUUCAUCUCCAUCGACUACUACAACAUGUUCAUUAGUAUCUUCACCCUCACCAUGAUGAGUGUGGAUCGCUAUGUGGCUGUGUGCCACCCGGUGAAAGCCCUGGACUUCCGCACUCCGAUCAAAGCCAAGAUGAUCAACGUGUGCAUCUGGAUCCUAUCCUCAGCUGCAGGGAUACCUGCUUUUAUCCUGGGUGGCACUCAGACGAAGAGUGACAUAACUGAGUGUGCCUUACAGUUCCCAGAGCCAUACGUUUACUGGGACACACUGAUGAAGAUAUGUGUGUUUGUCUUUGCCUUCGUCGUGCCUGUGCUCAUCAUCACCGUGUGCUACUCUCUCAUGGUCCUGAGGCUGAAGAGCGUCCGAAUGUUGUCCGGUACGCGGGAAAAAGACCGCAACCUGCGGCGGAUCACGCGGCUGGUGGUGGUGGUGGUCGCUGUGUUUGUAGUCUGCUGGACUCCCAUUCACAUUUUUAUCCUGGUCAAGGCACUUGUGAGCAUACCUGAAACCACCGCCAUCAUGGCCGCCUACUUCUUCUGCGUUGCUCUGGGCUACACAAACAGUAGCCUGAACCCUGUCCUGUAUGCCUUUCUGGAUGAGAACUUCAAACGCUGCUUCAAAGACUUCUGCCUCACGGCCGAACUGAAUGGGGAGAAGGUGUCAGGAAGCAAGAAGACCCCCAGCAGUGUGCGUGAGGCCGCUGUUGCCCUGGAGAACUCAGAUGGGACUAGAAAGCCGACAUGACUAGCAGUGGAACUGUCUUCAAUUUCCCACAUUGGAAAAGAAGACUCACAUGACCUGGGCCUAACCCACGUCACAUCUGCAAUGUAGUUUUGACUCUAUUGCAGAAUUCAUUUGUAUUAUCACUUGGGGUUUAAUCAGUGCCACCAUUUAUAUGAUUUAAUUUUAACAGAUCAAAUUAAUUAUAAGUUGUGUUCCACUUUGAUUAAUUUUUCCCCUCAUGGCAGUUGUUAUAAAGAUUGCGUAUUUACUGUAGGUGGAUGUGAAAUUGAAAAUAAUUUGGUUCAAGCAGAUACAAAGGCCACAUGUGAUUAAAGUUUGUCUUUAUUUGUCUAUGCUUUUCAAACCAUUCUCUGUCCUUGCUAGAAAGUAUAUUAUUAAGAAAGAACUGAAUUUAUUAAUUUUUAAUAGGCGGAUGUUUACCCAUGACUAGCAAACUGCCCCAUGAUCAUCUCUUUACAAUUGCUAUGCUGUCUGCUACUUCAGUACCAUGGACAGCGUCAUGAAUUGGUCAGUACACAGCACAGUUUCAGAGUCAUGGUCGGAGCCAUAGAUUAGAAUUUGAACAAACCUAGUCAGAUAAAGGAUCAGUGAGACAGACUAGACUAACAUAUUUAGCUACUAAGGGAUGGAGAGGGGGAUGGCAGGUUAAUAUGCCUUCAUUUUGGUCAUUUUGCUAACAAGAGGGAUGGCAUCCCCCCUCAAAUCUCCUACGGACUAUAAGUUUUCCUAUAAGUGGGACGUCCCCAAACCAUGUGGCACAUCCCAAACAAUAUUGCAAAAUGUCAACAUUUCUCAAGAAAAUUGUUGAUUAUUUAAUAGAAAAAUUACAAAGAGAUGGAUGAAAAAUGUAACCUGAUUGGAUCCUUCACAUAGUAUACUUGUUACAUCAGUGUUUUUAUGCUCAUUUAUUUGCUUUAUGUUUCUCAAAUUCUAUCUUUUCCUGUAAUUUCCUCCAAUAAUGUUUUUAUUGCCAAAUGUGCCUUUGACAGUCCAGGAUAACAAAUGUUUAUAGCAGCCGAAAAUGAUUUCAGUAAUGAUUACUAGGGUCAAACAGCAGCUGUUUUUUUUUUAUACACAAUGUCACAGAAGUGAGUCAUGUUGGACUUUGAUGUUACUGGGAGGUAAACAAAAAAGUAUCCAAACUGCAUCAAAGGAAGUUUAUUGAUGAGAAAACUUAAAAAAUCCUGGACUUGAAUGUGCAUUUAAAAUUUGACAGAGGGCUCUCUAUCAGCUUUGAUUCUGGAGUUGUGUCCAGUUUGAUAAGUUGUUCAAUUAAUGGUAUAUAAUUUAAUCACAUGUGCUUUGUGAAAUGCUUGUGCUAUUAUUGUGGGGAGAUGUUCUCAUCAGUGCAAUCUGAAAACAUGAGUAUAGCUGUUUAAAGUUGGUUAAAUACAGUGUAUUUAUUCAUCUGUACAGUUUGAUGGUAUGUAUACAUAAUUUUGUAUAGACAACAAAAAAUAUUGCACAGACAUCAUUUAAAAAUACUGUAUGUGUAGCAUGUCAAUGAUCAUUGCUAUGAUAGUAUAAUGCAACAUAGGCAGCCUGUAUGCUUUAUGGACUGUGCUGUUAUUUCGAAUGUACUGCAAAUAGAUUCUGUAUUAUAUAAACAUAUGAUUACCCAUGGUAUUAACUCCUGUAACUCAUUAGCUAAUUUUUAUGUAAUUCAGUAGUUAAAACCAUUUUCAUGAACAUUUUGUUUCACUCUCAAGUCCCUGAACCAGAGCUUUGUUGUUUUGGGGCUUACUGUUAACAAAUCUCUAUGUAUACUGGCAUAAAAAUAUAUAAAGCACAUAAGUUCUGUUACUUGACAAAACAAUAAGAGACAUUAUCCUAAGGAACCACACUGUGACCAAGACAUUGUUAUUUUAUUCUUAGUCUCUGUGUUUACUGUUUAAAUCUGUUGCUGCUGUAUAUUGUCUUUGACUGCUGCCAACCGAACAGCAGAUGUAUUGAUCAAAACAUCCUGUGUGUAAAGCACUUAAUAUUAAAGCAAGUUUAACAAAUCCA